CUGAAGAGCGGGUCGCUUUGAAAGCACCUUACGUUUUUACCGUGUUUUAAACGUGAAAAAAUAUUUUCAUGCUAAUUCAUGGAUAUUGAAGAUUUAUCUACUGAACAUGAUAGACUGGAGACAGAUUCAACUGUAUUAGUAAAGAAAAGAUUUCGUAAUAAAAAACAACAGAUUUCAGAAGAUCUAUGUCUUAAUAGUUAUCUACCUGAAAAAUUUCAUGUUUUUGUACAAACAUGGGGUUGUGCACAUAAUACUAGUGAUAGUGAAUACAUGACUGGACUAUUAGCUAAAUAUGGUUAUCAAGUUACCCUAGAUGGUUUACAAUGUAUAACAACCAAUGGUUGUGAAUCAGAGGCAGACAUUAUCACUAAUACUGCAUCCGAUUCAGUUUGUGAUUGUCAAAACAACAUCGAUAAUCAUCAAUGCUGUUCAAAAGAGAACCUUCCGCCAAAGCGAAAAUCAUCUGUCUUAUCAAAUGGGGAUGCAAAGAUGAAUGCUGAUAUUUGGAUUUUAAAUAGUUGUACAGUGAAAGGUCCAGCCGAAGAUCAUUUUCGUAAUGCUGUGCUAGAAGGAGUGAAACUUGGUAAACGUGUUGUUGCUGCAGGUUGUGUACCACAAAGUCGACCAGGUGCAGAUUAUUUAAAGGGUGUCAGUGUUAUUGGUGUGCAUCAAAUCGAUAGAAUUGUUGAAGUUGUUGAAGAAACUUUACAAGGAAAUGUGGUACGAUUUUUAGAUAAAAAAUACACAUCACCAGACUCAUCAUCAUCAUCAUCAUCAUCAUCAUCAUCAUCGUCACCAGCUGGUAUAGCAUUAGAUUUGCCAAAAAUUCGACGUAAUCCACUCAUUGAAAUAUUGGCUAUAAGCACUGGUUGUUUAAAUGCUUGUACAUAUUGUAAAACUAAACAAGCUCGUGGUGUGCUAGCCAGUUAUCCGAUUGAACAAUUAUUGGAUCGUGCAAAGCAAGCAUUUGCUGAAGGUGUCAAAGAACUAUGGCUUACUUCUGAAGAUCUUGGUGCUUAUGGACGUGAUUUAGACCGAGCUAAAUCAUCACUUAUAUGUCCAGAAUUAUCGAAAAAAUGGCCGCAUCAUAUAACAUUGGUUGAUUUGUUAGUUGGUCUUGUCCCAUUAAUUCCAGCUGGUUGUAUGUUACGUUUGGGUAUGACCAAUCCUCCAUAUAUAUUAGAUCAAUUGGUUGAAAUUGCUGCAGUCUUAUCACAUCCUAGAGUAUAUGCAUUUCUUCAUAUUCCUGUACAAUCUGGUUCCGAUGCUGUACUAGAUGCAAUGAAACGAGAAUAUACCGUGGAAGAAUUUUCGAAUGUUGUAGAUUAUCUGAUGAAAACUGUAAAACCGCCAAAUUUACCUCCUGACGUCGUAUCAUCUAAUACACCGAAUGGAUCUGGUACACUUACCAUUGCCACUGAUGUGAUAUGUGGUUUCCCAACUGAAACUAAUCAUGAUUUUAAUGGAACAGUAGAAUUAAUUGAAAAAUAUCAAUUCCCUGUAUUACAUAUAAAUCAAUUCUAUCCACGUCCUGGUACACCAGCUGCCAAUAUGUCACGGAAAGCUAACCCAUCUGAAGUGAAAUCACGUACACGUCGAUUACACGAUCUUUUUCGAAGUUAUCGAACUUAUGAUGGUCGUGUUGGUUGUGAAGUACGUGUUCUUAUUACAGAACCAAGUUUUGAUGGUAAAUUUUGGGUUGGUCAUACAAAAGCUUAUGAACAAAUUUUAUUACCAAAAGAUCCAGAUGUUUAUGGUCGUAUUGUACUUGUACGCAUCAUUGAAUGUGAUAAAUUUUUCAUGCGUGGUAUCAUUAUCAAUGCAGGACCAUUUGAUUCUAUUGUAUUUCCAGAUAAUAAUCCUGUGGGAAAUAAUAAUAAUUCCCCGUUGACAACUUCUUUACCUUCUUCAUUAAUACCGAAUUCAAUGCAACUGUCUAAAACAGAUUGUACACCUGUGAUGAUGAUAAAGCAAAGACAAUCUAGUCGUAGUGGUGGUAUAUUAACAUUUGUUGGUAAUUAUUUCCGAAGUGAUAAAACAUUGGCAUUAUGUAUAGGUUACAUGAUCAUUCUAAUUGCUGGAAUUUGUUCUGCGCUGAGAUUCACCAAAUUCGAUAUAACAACAUACAACAAGUUUUCAUUAACUUGAUACCAUCGUUUUUUUUCUCAAUGCAAAAUAUAUAUUGUGAUACAUUGAUUGACG